AUGUCAGUCAAUCGCAUUGCCGUCUAUGGCCACCGCGGCUGGGGCAGUUCCAGGAUUGUCAGCGCCCUCAUUUCCUCAGGAGUUCCCAUAAGGGUGCUGUUUCGCGCUGGAUCAGACAUCUCCAACAUCCCAGAGACAGUUGAAAAAGUGGAAGUGGACGUUAAUGACGAGCAGGCCUUGAUCGCUGCCUUGCAGGACAUAGAUAUUGUAAUCUCUCUUGUGGGGCAUGAAGGCGUCCAAAGACAACAUGGCUUCGUCAAAGCUAUCCCGAAAACGAAUGUGAAGCUGUUUUCGCCCUCAGAUCUAGCUGCGCGGUAUGACGAGCAAGGCAUGCGCAUUGGCGUUAACAAGGCCAAGGAUGAGGUUGAAAGAGCAGCGAAGGAGGCAGGCAUUCCUACUACAGUCGUCCUGAUCGGAAACUUUGCCGAGUUUGCACUCAACACUCUGGGCAUGGGUGUUGAUAUACCAGGAAACAAGCUUAUCUACACAGCGGAUAGUGCUGAGAGAAGACUGAAUAUCUGGUCUGCGAUUUCCAUUUCUUUCUAA